UCAACCUCAUUUUCUGUUUUAAACAGUCCCUAAGCUUAGCUUCUGAACAGCUGCUCAGAAUCCACUUAGCAUGUUCCCUAUUGCUGAAACUUUAAGUUAAGUACAUAAAACAUACAUACAUACAUUUUUAGACAUAUUCAUUCUAGGGUUUAGUUCACCUUUAAGGCUCCCCCACUAACCUCUGGGAAUAAGACAUACAUAUCUGGGAACAAGUUCAUACACAUAUUUAAAAAAUUGCUUAUCAGCCAAUCAGUGCCUCACUGGGCUCACAAUACCUCUUGGGCCUCCGAGCAGUUGCAGGGUCUGCUUCUUCCAUACCUGUAGUUAUUUCCUCUAAUGCACACAAUACAUAGGUAUUUGCAUACUCCAUUUAUUUAUUUUCUUCAAUGGUAAAAAACAAAUUUUUUAUUCCCAUUGAUCCCCUCUCGCAGGGCCCCAGUGCAGCUGCAUCAUACCUCCUGUAGUUUCACCUCUGCUAUGGAAUCUAGCAGGCAGCAUUUCCCAACACCCACUUGUACAUCGCUAUCCCAAGCUUGAGAUCUCACAGAGACAGCUAUCUGUUUAGUUAUAAACAUUGGCUUUCUAUAAACAUAAAUACAAUGAUCAAAAUUGCUUUUAUUUGUCUUAUCGCUUAUUUGGCUUUCUAUAAACAUAAAUACAAUGAUCAAAAUUGCUUUUAUUUGUCUUAUCACUCUUCCCCUCUCCUUUUUCUCUCUUUCCUCCUUUUCUGUUUCACACAUGACAUUCACCCUCCUCUUUCACGCUUUCUGCCCACUUCUCCCUUUCUCUCUCUCCCUCUGUUUCUUGAUCAUUAACUUCCUGAGCUAUAGAAACUAGCUGAUCAACUUUGCUAGGCUGUACAUACCACAACAAAAGGGAGGAUGGGUAUCAGAAAGACUGGACAGUUGGAGCGUGCCUGUUAAGAAGUGUUAGGAUAGUGGCCUUAUACAGCCUUCUUUUGGAGAUGUUCACAGCUGACUUUGGAUUUGACAAACUAAAGCAACUAGAUGACUGUUUCUUUCAGCAUGUUUCAGAUUUACAGACUGGUCUGGCUGUCUUUCAUGACAAGCAUGUGUCUUUCGGCCUGUAUUCAUGACUCUGUACUACAAGAAACCCCUGUGGUGUCUUCCAAUAUUAUUUCCUCAAGAGUCCCCCGUCUGUUCCCCCGUUCCACCUCUUCGGAUUAUUUCCAGCCUCUCAGGGUCACUCCAUGGUAUCUUUUAGGUGAGAAUGCUUUCAUCAGUCAAGGACAGAUAAGACAACUGAAGAUUGCCCUGCAAGAAGUUACACAAAUGCUCUCCAGUACACUUUCAGUACAUAGAUCUGAAGGCUCCCUUCUGUUGAACCGAGAUAUCAGUAGAUUUUGCCGCUCAGUCUGGAGAGCACCCAAUGACAACAAGUGUGCAUACAUGCAAACUUCCUAUCAAGGAGAAAAGUGUUUGGACGUCACAAUCCCUGACUUCCACUUACAAGGAGUUAAAGUGUGGAGUGAUCUGGAAAAAGAACCAAGGACAGUGAUUGAGGAUGGUGCUGGUGUUCCUGAUACUGAUUUUCUUUUGUAUGUGCAAGUGGCUCAGACACAGAAAUGUGCAGCUCAGCCUUCAGUUAUUGCCUAUGCUUCUUACUGCCAGCAAGACCCAACUGGGCGUCCUCUUGCUGGGGUGAUUGUGUUUUGUACUGAUCAUCUGAGAGAAGAAGAAUACAACCAAAGACACAUUAUACAGGUAGCCCUCCAUGAACUACUCCACACUCUUGGCUUUUCCAGCAGUCUGUAUGCAAGCUGGUUAGACUGCAGUCUUGCAGAGUAUGGGGAAGCUUGCUCUUCUCGUACUCGUGUCACAAAUACAGACGAAAAUGGUCAGUUUCGUAUAUAUACCCCAACUGUAAUGCAGAAAAUGGGGGAGCAUUUAGGAGUAGAAGGUGUGGGGGCACCUCUCGAGAAUAAGGGAUUUCCAAACUUGGCUUCUUCCCACUGGGAAUCACGUUUCUUUCAGGGUUCCAUAAUGACAGCCUUGCUAAGUCCACCCCACCUCACACAUCUGGAUCCCAUCACUCUAGCAGCCUUUACAGACAUGGGGUGGUACAAGGUUAAUGCAACCAUUAAAAGUCAACUAAUGUGGGGUAAAGGUGCAGGUAGAUAUUUUGGUCUUCCCACCACAUGUCAAGAUUCCUCCACUGGAUUCUUCUGUACAGGAAGCAAGCUAGGUUGUCACCAUCUGCAUCUGGACAAAGGCAACUGCUCUACAGAUUCCUAUCUAGAGGGAUGUCACAUAUACAGUCCCCUUAUACAUGGCGGGGAAUGCUGGCGGCAUCAAAACAGUGGGGACCCAGAUGAGAUAUUUCAUGCACAGAGUCGGUGCUUUUACUCAAAUCUUACAAAGGGGGCCUCACCAAAUCAAGAGUUCAGAGGUCGCUGUUAUCUGCAUCAGUGUCUUGGUGAAAACCACUUCCAGGUCAAAGUUCAUGAAUCAGAAUGGACAGACUGCCCAGCUGGAGCUUGGAUUCAGGUUGCAGGUUAUGAAGGGUUCAUUCAAUGUCCAUCUGGUUGUUUAUGUUUGGGAUUCCAGACCCCUCACGUUGCAACACUAACCCCUACUUAUGUCACUGGCCAAAUUACCACAGUUAAGGAAAACAAUGUGUACCCUACUGAGGGAAUUGUGCAGUUUAGGGUGCAGGUGGAAGUGUCCCAAAGACACAAAUGGACCUCAGAAAUUAAAUCCUUUCUCCUGGAUGAAGUGUUGGGAGUUAUUGCUCAGAAAGCAGGAGUGCAGAGAUGCUUUCUCCAAUCCCAUAUGAAAGAAGACCUGGACUUAUCAUUUGCUAUUGUGGGAAAAUGGUCCACAGAUUGCCCCCCUACCCCUGAAGCAGAUACAGCAGCAUUUUCUUUGCUAACCUUGAAUCAAGAUGGUGCUCCAUAUAUAAUAUAUAAUUCCUCCUACUUUUCUACAGUCAGCAUCAGGUGAGAGAAUAAAACCACAGACAGACCCCACUGCACUACUUCUACAUGGCCUAUAACAGAAAGGUCAACCUUGUGGCCCGAUUUCUUAUUACACAACAAUGAACAUGCCACAAAAGAUCGGUUUUGAGACAAAACUAAAGUUUUUAAUGGCAUUUAACUUUUGGUAGAACCUUAAUAUUAACAAGUAUUUCUUUGUUAGUUCAUUUGCACCAACCGUCUCCUUUUGUCAACACUUUUCUUUGCUCAGACAAGCCACUAUUUAUUGGCUUCUGCUCCUAAUGUCUCGCUCAAUUUCUCCACAGGUUUAUAGACUCUGAUCCUCCUGCUUUAUAUGUCAGUCAUAUGCUUUACAGUUAUGUGAUUGGAGGCGGCUGCUGUGCGGUUUGUGGUGCAGCAAUCAUAUUUGCUCUCUUUUGGUAUAAACUGCGAAGACAAUUCUUACGCGUGGGCAGCAGUUAUCCACCAGAAACAAGUAAUCAUGAAAGGCCACAAAUACCAGCGGACCUUGUGUGACUAAGGACAUCGUUUUUUUUUUCUGUAAAACAUAUUUCAUGUAAAAAUUCCAAAUUGUCAAAUCAAAUUUGCUGCUAGGUUUUGUGAAAAACCUAGCAAAAUGCAAAAGUGCUUGGUACAUAACCAUUAGUGCUUUCUGCUGAAACUACAGCCAUUUGAACAAGUUGUAAAAAAGCAAAGACCUCCACAAAUCAGCACAGAGAGAAGCUGACAAUUAUCUUGCCACAUAUACAUGGAUUUAUAUGAAAGAACAAGAAAGGAUCCCAAUAAAAAUAAGUUGUAACUGACAGGCACUUUGGAAGAAAGUGUGAUUAUAUCUCUUUUUGCCAGUCUGUCUCCUAUGGUACAUGUUCCAUUUUUUUCAUGCUCUGUGGAAGCCGACUGCAUUUUUAAACUGAAAAUACCCUUCCUUAGUCCUUCCCUGCAGUCCCUGCCACCUCCUCGUAGAACUUGGCCACAAAGCCGGGAUCCUGCUCCUCAAGGCGAUGCAAGAAUUGAUUUCUCUCGUCUUCAUCCCAUCCCUGAAACCAUUGAUCCCAGAGUCUAAGCUGGCACUGAAACAAACUGGGUGGUGGGGCAGAUAGCUGAAGAGACCCCAAUCCAUCCAAAAGCAAACAUAGCUUUCCAGGAACAGCCUUGCACACCAGGUCCUGAAGAAAACGACUGCGCUGUGAUUCUGACCAGUCAGAAAACCAGUGCAGAACACAUCGCAUUUCCUGCAAAGGGAUAUACGAGAGGAAGUUUUCGGUCUCCAUCAUGACCUGACAGAUCGGAAAACUAUGUGAGAGGCCUGUCAAUAAAAAGGGUUGGCAAAUUAGAGUGACAAAGCAAUGACAUAUGUACAUGAAAAAUGUGAAUUCAGAACACAGGGCAAGUUUAUGGAAUUAAAACUAAAGCUAUUCAGUCUGUUGGGUGUGUAACAAAACAUUAAUAAAGUGUCAGGACCUUUGCAGAACUCAUGCAAAUCUGAAUUAGCAUGUGGGCACAUAUUUAUUGACUUACAAGUGACAGGACUUCCAUAUUAUUCAGUGACUGACUUGCAUUAUAUCUCCAUGGCUUUGAUUCCAGCAAAACGAAAUAUAUAUAUAAAAAUAUACAAAGAUGUACUUUAUGCUAGUUUCAA